AAUCAGUUUAGACUUGAAAAACAAUUUUUCCUCUGAAACUGAUCAGAAGGUAGUGACUAUCUAGAUUAACCUGCCUGUUUUUUGUCAGGAAUCCAUUUUGCAGCUUUUAUGGUUUUGUAGAAUGUGACAGUUUUCAAAGUUGUUCUUCAAAAGGCGGAAAGAGUUGCAGCUUCUUCCUAGUAGCAGAAAUUUUAUAGUUUCAUUCAAUGCCUAACGUGGAAACAGAAAGGUCAAAUGAUUCUGAAAAUGGUCAGCACAAACCUGAAAGAAAGUCUCCUGAAGAGAAUCUACAAGAUGCUGUAAAAUCUUUCUGCACAAGUGGCUCAGGAGCACCCUUGGGUCCUAAAGGAGAUGGUCAUUAUCCAUGGAGUUGUCCAGUGACUCAUACUCGUGAAAAAAUUUAUGCUAUCUGUUCAGAUUAUGCCUUUCUCAACCAGGCAACCUCAGUCUAUAAAACUCCAAAUCCAGCACACUCUUCUUGCCUCCAUGAUAGUACCUCCCUAUCUGUUGGAAAUAAUUCAUCAAGAUAUAUUAGCAUCCCGACUAGUGCAUCAGAAAUAAUCUAUAAUGAAGAAAAUAGCCUGGAAAACUUAUCCAGUAGCCUGGGCAAGCUACCUCUUGCCUGGGAAAUUGACAAAUCUGAAUUUGAUGAGGUGACCACAAAUUUGAAACAUAAAUCAGGCAGUGUAAAGAAACAAGUUUGUAAGAAAAAAACUUCAGAUAAAAAAGGAAGACAUCAGAGAGAGUGUCUUCAGCAUUUUCCUCUUGAAGAUAUUAAGCAGCGGAAAGUAUUAGACCUCAGACGAUGGUAUUGCAUAAGCCGGCCACAAUAUAAGACUUCUUGUGGUAUCUCCUCAUUAAUUUCUUGUUGGAAUUUCUUAUAUAGCACAAUGGGAGCUGGAAAUCUUCCACCUAUUACCCAAGAAGAGGCUUUACAUAUUUUGGGUUUUCAACCCCCAUUUGAAGAUAUUAGGUUUGGCCCUUUCACUGGAAAUACAACACUUAUGAGAUGGUUUCGACAAAUUAAUGACCACUUCCACGUGAAAGGAUGUUCUUAUGUUCUAUAUAAACCUCAUGGGAAGAACAAAACAGCUGGAGAGACCGCUUCAGGGGCCUUGUCAAAGUUAACACAUGGAUUGAAAGAUGAAUCGCUGGCUUAUAUCUAUCAUUGCCAAAAUCAUUAUUUUUGUCCAAUUGGGUUUGAAGCAACCCCUGUUAAAGCUAAUAAAGCAUUCAGCAGGGGUCCCCUCUCAUCACAAGAAGUAGAAUACUGGAUCUUAAUUGGAGAAUCAAGUAGAAAACAUCCUGCUAUUCAUUGUAAAAAAUGGGCAGAUAUUGUUACUGAUCUAAACACUCAAAAUCCUGAAUAUCUGGAUAUCCGGCACUUGGAGAGGGGACUGCAGUAUCGAAAAACAAAGAAGGUUGGGGGAAACUUGCAUUGCAUCAUAGCAUUCCAGAGACUUAAUUGGCAAAGAUUUGGCCUUUGGAACUUUCCUUUUGGAACGAUUAGACAAGAAUCACAACCUCUACCAUAUGCCCAGGGAAUUGCCAAAUCUGAGAGUGAAGACAAUAUCUCCAAGAAGCAGCAUGGGCGUCUGGGCCGGUCUUUCAGUGCUAGUUUCCAUCAGGAUUCAUCAUGGAAAAAGAUGUCUAGUAUCCAUGAGAGAAGGAACAGUGGCUACCAGGGUUAUGGUGAUUAUGAUGGGAAUGAUUGACUAUGCUGGGUACUGAACAAUUGGUAUAUAAAACUUGUAUGUACAACUGGUAUAUUACAGCUGUAUCAAGAUUGUAAGAGAUCUUAUUAAGUAUACAUUAAAUAUGAAUAGAUCUUGUGAUACAAAUAUAACCUUAUAGUUCUCCAGUAAAUAAGCUUAUAUAUGAUUAUGAUGGAUGAUCUCAGAUGUAUGAGCAGAUAAGCACAGAUUAUUGUCCUUUUAAAGUUAAGGGUAUAAACAAUCAGGAUAAAAAGUUUCACAAAAUCCAAUUAAAUUAUGACUGCUAUUUAAAAUAAGUCAAACACAAACUUAGUAGUAUCAAGAUGUGAAAUACUUAAGCAUGACAUGAUUACAUUCCCUAGACUGUUUUACUCUUAAGAUCAAAAUGUUAAAGUACAGUCUGCCCUUUUGAAAAAAGUUGGGAUUAUCAAUUUCUAGUAUCUUUUCUUAUGGUAAAAAAGCCCAUUUAAAAUUGUUUAGUAGGCCUAGUGGAUAUUUUACAUGUAGUAGUAUUUUGGCUGCUUCAUUGAUUUGCUGGUUAGCUUUCUUAGGAUUCUCAAUUAAGAGGUAAAAGAAAAAAGACUCAAGAAACUAAUC